CAACGACUCAUCCCUUGCCUUUAAAUCUUAGCCAGUCGGGUACCAAAGCGACUUUUUUGUCAAGAAAGAAUUAAAUAAGAACCUUCUUCUAGGAGAUCUCAGUCGAAUUGGGCCGUCUGCGCCCGUCAGACGCACCAUGUUCAUCUUGACCAAGAUCUCGGAUCUUGUCCAGAUCGACCCAAAGGACUUCUCAAAGCAUAGCAUAGUUGCUCUGGAGGACAACAUCAACGAAAAGUAUGCUAAUAAGGUCAUUCAAAAGAUCGGCUUGUGCAUAUGUCUAUACGACAUUCUGUGGACAUCAGAGGGACUCAUUGGCCAUGGCACUGGCCUUGUCAACGUCAAUGUCGAGUUUCGAAUGAUCGUCUUUCGACCUUUCAAAGGAGAAAUUAUGCUUGGCAGGAUACGAAGCUCCACACCUGCAGGAAUCAACAUAAGAACAGACUUCUUCGACGAUAUUCUUGUUCCGUACGAGCACCUGCCAGAGGGCGCAGAAUACAACCACGGCGAGCAGCUCUGGAUCUGGAACGUCGACGAAGAGAGACUCUUUUACGACAACCACGAGAUGGUGCGGUUUCAAGUCGUUGACGAGGAGUGGCAUGACCAGACGCCGGCGGGGCCGUCACAAGCCGAGGACACACCGGCAAAGUCACCGUACAAGAUCAAAGGGAGCAUGGCACAAGACGGGCUGGGCGUGUGCCUAUGGUGGGAUGAAGGCUGAAGAGCGCGACAUGACCUGCGUGCGAGACGCCAACUUUUGUAUUGUACACAGUCUAUAUCCGGCCACUACCAUGAAUCUACGAUUUGAUACCCUCUAGUAGACGCUCCUCGACAUCGUCCAAGACGGAGUAGUGCUCGACGACAGCCAGGUUC